CUCAAGAAAUAUACGCACAAACUAAUCAACUCAAAGCAAAAUCAACUAAACAUUUUUGCCAUGGCUUCCUAUAGUUCCUUCAUAAUAUUGGCAAUUUUCAUUGCUAUUUCCAUCUCAAACAUGGAAACUAUCAAAGCAACUCGUCAUCUUCUACAAACAACAAAUCCAACAACACCAACACUUCCAAAACCAUCAUUGCCACCUUUGCCAACCAUCCCAACAUUACCUCAAGCAAAUGUUCCACCUUUGCCUACAUUACCAAAACCUACUCAACCCUCAAUUCCUAGUACAAUCCCAACCAUUCCAACUCUUCCACAGUUCACUCUUCCACCACUUCCUAACAUUCCUACUACAAUCCCAAUCACUAUGCCAUCAUUCCCCUUCUUUUCUCCACCACCUUCAAAAACAUCCCCUUGAAGAAUGAAGUUCAUGUCAAGUGUUUUUAUAGAUAUAUUCACCAUAUUAUACAUUGUUGGUUUAUUGUUGUUGUGAAAUAUUAGUUUUAUUUUUUGUGUGUAAUUUUCUUUGUUUUAAACUUUUAUUCAAGACUUGUGUGCAUGGGAUGUUAGUCCCUAUAUUCAUUACUUUAUGUACUUUAGUUACUAUUGUUAUAGGGUCACACUUUUAUAAUAAAUAAAUGUUAUGUUUCAU